AUGGCCUAUGCGCGUUUUAAGGGUAAAUUUUGUAAUAUUUCACUCAUCAGUAUCUAUACUCCAGCUCUGUUGGCAGAUGACCGUGAUAUGUUCGGUGCGGAACUUCGACUGCUAACAAAGUCUCUACUAAAAUAUGGCAUGGUCAUAAUCGGGGGAGACUGGAAUGCACGCGUAGGUCAUGCCGCUGCGAUGGCCUCUACAAUUGGCAAAUAUGGCAUCGGAGACCGACUACCGGGUACUUCGAAUAUUUGCAACGAAAGCACAGCACAGCGGGACAGAAAUCACUAUUGGAGUGACAUGGCCACAGGAAUGCAGGCGGCGGCUCGAUUAGGCGAUAAUACGAAACUAUUCUGCCUUCUUCAUAAAGCAUAA